AUGCGGCCGCAGCAGACGGGAGCACAUCUGGUGUGGCUGAGGCCGGAGCAGGAGCAGGCACUUGGCCGGGAAGCGGGUCAGUGGGCAGAAGGAAUGGCAGGCGCAGGACUACGGGCGGCAGGAUGCCGCUGGUUACGGCUCCGGGGAGACGAUGUCCCCGGCUGGCAGCGGGCGGCGGCGGCUUCCUCUUGCCAGGGCUGCGGUCCCUCGAUCCCCAGCCCCUCCUGUGCAGGCUCCACCAGCCCCAGCGCCAACUGUCCCGGCGCCAGUGCCUCCUGCUUCUCCCCUGACCGGGUUGCCCCGCGCAGCGCUGGCCCAAACCCUGCCGCCCAGUCUUCCGAGCCCAGCGCCUACCUGUGGUCUAGGUACCGGGAGAUGAGGAAGCUGGUGCACGACCUCCUUCCUCCUGAAGUCUGUAAUCUCCUUAACCCCAAUGCCAUCUAUGCCAACAACGAGAUCAGCCUGGGAGAUGUAGAGGUCUACGGGUUCGACUAUGACUAUACCUUAGCUCAAUACUCUGAUCUGUUACACUCCAUGAUUUUCAACACAGCCAGAGAGAUCCUCAUCGAGCAAUACAAGUACCCAGGAGAAAUCAGAAAAUACAAUUACAUCCCAGACUUCGCCAUUCGAGGCCUACACUAUGAUGUGCAAAAGAGCCUCCUGAUGAAGAUUGACGCUUUCCAUUACGUCCAAUUGGGAACAGCCUACAGGGGUCUCCAGCCUGUUCCUGAUGAAGAGGUGAUUGACUUGUACGGGGGGACCCAGCACAUCCCACUCUACCAGAUGAGUGACUUCUACGGCAAGGGGCCCUCUCUCAAGCAGUUCAUGGAUAUCUUCUCGCUUCCUGAGAUGGCCCUUCUCUCCUCCGUGGUUGACCACUUCCUUGCCCACAACCUGGAGUUCGACCAGACGCACCUCUACAAGGAUGUCUCGGAUGCCAUCCGAGAUGUCCACAUCAAGGGCUUGAUGUACCAGUGGAUCGAGAAGGACAUGGAGAAGUACAUUCUCCGUGGAGAUGAGACACACGCUGUCCUGACCCGCCUGGUCAACCAUGGCAAGAAGCUUUUCCUCAUCACCAAUAGCCCCUUCAGCUUUGUGGACAAGGGGAUGAAGCAUAUGGUUGGCAAGGACUGGCGCGAUCUUUUUGAUGUAGUCAUUGUCCGAGCAGACAAGCCAAACUUUUUCACGGAUAGACGGAAGCCUUUUAGAAAACUGGAUGAAAGUGGCGUUCUGCAGUGGGACAAAAUCAACCACUUGGAAAAGGGAAAGAUCUAUCGGCAGGGAAAUCUGUUCGACUUCCUACAUCUGACUGGCUGGCGGGGGUCCCGAGUGCUCUAUUUUGGGGACCACCUUUAUAGUGACCUUGCAGACCUCAUGCUGCGCCAUGGAUGGAGGACAGGAGCCAUCAUUCCUGAACUGGAGAGGGAGAUCAGCAUCAUCAAUACGGAGCAGUACAUGCACUCCCUGACCUGGCAACAGGCCCUCACUGGGCUCCUGGAGAGGAUGCAGACCUACAGAGACGAGGAGUCGAGGCAGGUGUUAGCGGCUUGGAUGAAAGAACGCCAAGAGAUCAGGGCCGUCACGAAGAAACUCUUCAACCCCCGAUUCGGGAGCAUCUUCCGCACCUUCCACAACCCCACGUACUUCUCGCGGAGACUCGUGCGCUUCUCGGACCUGUACAUGGCCUCGCUGAGCUGCCUGCUGAACUACAGCGUCAACUUCACCUUCUACCCACGCCGCACGCCACUGCAGCACGAAGCCCCGCUCUGGAUGGACCAGCUGUGCACGGGCUGCAUGAAGACCCCCUUCCUGGAGGAGAUGGUGCACAUCCGGUGAGGCUGGACGGAGAUGGGCCCGCCGGCCGGAAGGGAGCGCCUGCCGCGGAGCUCGGAGGCUGGGGGCGUGGCCACCUUAUCGCCCCUCCCCCCUGUUGCAGAGCUGAGUUACGUCAGUCUCGGAGUGGGAGGUGACCCUGAUGGGGCGUGGCUAGAGAAGUGGUCUCUCCUGGCCGGUUUCCCAGAGUCCCUCCGCCCUGCGAAAAAACGAGGCCGAAAGGAGGCUGACCCAAGAACUUUAUUUUCUGAGUGACUCAAAAGCUUCUCCCCUGCCCCCGUCUGAGGUACAGCAGCCACGCUGAGCUGAAUGGGCGACACGGGCCAGGGCUCCCAGGGAGAGUGGGGACCGGGACGGAGGGACGCUCUCCGGGAUGGGCCAGAGAGGGACGCGGGCCGCUUCUCCAAUGGCGAGGAGAGAAACCCCAGCUUUGUCUAACGGUCCAGGGCGAGGAGAGCUGGUGCCGGCAGUGAGGUCUUCGAGGCCCUGCUUCCCUCCAGAGAGGGGUUAUUGCAGGAGCUGCCCGGGGCCGAGGGGUGGGAGGCGGGGUGCGUUCACUCUGAAUCCUCACAGAAGACAAUAAACUUCACUGGGCCGCUGUA